AUGUCCAACUCCAACCAAAUCAGCGACGAACAUGGCUCUAUCGUCAUUUCCCGACAAUCAUGGCAGACGAUACUGGAUCAACUAGCUGGUGUGCUGAAGAAAAACGAUGAGCUCAGCCAGAAAGUCGACGAUUUGCAAGGAAAGCUGGACAGACUUACAGAUCAAGCCGUGGAUGUUGAGUUGUUGAAGGCAAAAGUGAGGAGCCUAACCGAAGGUGUUCAUCGCGGAGAUCAUCGUGGUCGUUCGAGCGAGACCAACGGUGGGCUUGGCACCGCGUCGUCGCCAUCAACGACGCCAAGACAAAAUAACUCGAAGGUUAAACUUGAACCUUCGACAAGUAGAGCAGAGGGUCAUCGCGGGGGAAAACCAAAGCUUGAGGACCACAGAGGCGCUCAAGCCGAAAUCAUUGUCCUUCUGAGCGAUGACGAGGAUAGUACUAGUAGUUUCUCUCAUCCGAGAGAUGAAGAUGGGCACCACCACGUGGCCAUGAAACGGAAACCAUCGACCGACAUACACCCUGGAUCCACAGCAUCGGGACUAGUGUCAUCCAAAAAGGCAAAGCUGGUUAAGGCCGAAAGUGAGAGUCCGAGAAAAGUUGGAAUCGCUUUCGAACCCCCGGCAAGCGUCCCUCCCUUGGCGGAUGAAAAAUCCAGUGUAUCCGACGAGCCGGGUUCCAGCGGCUCGCCCCCCAUCACAUCAACGUCUUCGCGAAGCAAACCUCGCGUCAAGGUUCCCCCCAGCAAGGUUCGAACAGGUACACUUCAGUUGAAGGAGGAAGACGUCGACCGUUACCUCCACGGUUUCUCUCCCAUCCCGAUCUCCUCCCCACUGUCCCUUGAAAUCUCCCUCGAGCUUCUCAACAAGAACUAUGGGUCGAUUACUCAAGGACUCUUGUGGGAAAAGGGACCGUACAAGUUCCUAUUCCCGGGGUACGACACGAACCCCUUGAUGCCUACCAGUCCCGGCGAGCCUGGACUAUUGUUGAGUGCGAGGACUGAGGUCGUCCGCGACACCUGGACGCUCUUCAUCAAGAUCUUGAACAAUUCCAAAGCAAGGUGGAAUUACGCUGGAGAGUACCGAGGCGCUGUCGUGGGCUCGUUGGGCGCCAAGGGGUUCUCCGAACAGCCUGAGAAGGUUAAACGAACUUGGGGGACCAAGAUCGCGCACCACAAGAAAUUUGAACCAUACCUCAGAAUGCGAGCUCGGAUUACUCUUCGAAAGCUUGGGAAAGCUUUGAGCGAGUUGAACAUCCAACGGGAGCUUGAGGAAAUCAAGAAGCGACCGAAAACAUCCAGCAAGAUUUCCAGUGACGAUGUCAUCGAAGCCUUCGAGUCCGGACACGAGACCAUACCGAUCAUCCGUAUGACAUGUGUUCAAUACCGCCACAGCUUUGCACAAGACUUGUCCUCUUUGGCUUCAACAGCCCCUGCCGCCGGUCGAGGGAACGCCGCAGUUGGUGGGGGGUCUGGAACUCACCAAACUAUUAUCCGAUCCGGUUCUUCGCUGAAAAAAGGAAAACAAAAGGCCAUGUCCGGUAAUCAGACCCCUUCCUCUCAGCCUGAGGGCUCUGAUUCAGAAGGGUCCGACUAG